UCACAUCAUCAACCAACCAAUCAUCGAUUAACAGUAUAUCCAACAAGAACAUACCUACAACGGAUUAGGAAUAAUGCAUUUGCAUUUUGAAAAGAACACAAACACAAAAUGUGAUUGCUCGAUAUUGUCAUUGUCAUGGAUGGGAAAGGUGCCAGAUGACAUUUUGGAGGAUGAAGGAUGGAAACUAAACCGAACAAACUAUUAUCAGGAAGGAUGGCUAGCUACAGGAAACAUUCGUGGAAUCGUGGGAGUUACAUUUACCACAUCGCAUUGCAAAAAGAACGUCGACUAUCCCGUAAGGAGUAACUUUAACUUACGAGGACACCGAUCUGACGUUAUUUUAGUGAAAUGGAACGAACCCUAUCAAAAACUUGCAUCCUGUGACAGCUCCGGCAUAAUUUUUGUUUGGAUUAAAUAUGAAGGUCGAUGGAGCGUGGAAUUGAUUAAUGAUCGUAAUACACCAGUAACACAUUUUUCAUGGUCACAUGAUGGCCGAAUGGCAUUAAUUUGCUAUCAGGAUGGAUUUGUAUUGGUAGGAAGUGUCGCUGGGCAACGAUAUUGGUCAUCUAUGUUGAAUCUAGAUGCAACUAUAACAUGUGGCAUUUGGACACCAGAUGAUGAUCAAGUGUACUUUGGUACGACACAAGGGCAAAUUAUCGUGAUGGAUGUGCAUGGUGCAAUGGUAUCGCAAAUUCAAUUGUGUUCCGAUGUUGGAAUUACGGCGAUGGCAUGGUCAUGUGAAAAGUUUAAAAUGGAAGAAGGUGAAGAUUCCGAAUCUGGGAUUAACAGUUCUUCACGGCGAACAUUUGUGUUAGCUGUUAGUUUUCAAAAUGGAUAUAUUUAUUUAUUAAAAUCAUAUGACGACGUUUCUCCUUGCCAAAUUAAUACAAACCUAAAUGGAUCAAUGGGGUUUCUAAUGGAAUGGAGUAAUUCACGGGAGCUCCUUGCUGUAGCAGGUACUGCAAUAGAAGAUGGACAUAGUCAUACAUUAGAUGUAAAUGGAGCGAUUUUAUAUAAUAAUUUAUUGAAGUUUUAUACUGAGACCGGAAUGUUGCUUUACACUGCAAAAAUUCCCAAUAACACGUCUCCGGUGUCUGCGCUCACGUGGGGCCACAAUGACAAACGAAUUUUUAUUGCAACUGGCACUAUGGUGCACAUUGCAUGGGUUUCACGCAGAGUUGCGUCUCUACAAUUAUUAUGUCGUCUACAAAUACAAUCAUCUUUGAGUUGUGAACAAUAUUUAUCAAUUUUGCCAUUGCCAGUCAGAUUACGAUCUCUAAUAAGCAAUUUGUUUGCUCAAACAAUACGAUGUUGUGUACCUGAUCUUAAAUCACUUAGAGAAUUUGUAUCCAGACCACCAUCACAUUCGACACGUUUACAUUGUACAAUGAUCCGUCACGACGAUGAAUCCAAUCAAAGUUCAGGGACAUGCUAUACACUAUAUUUAGAAUUUUUAGGCGGACUUGUGCCAUUGCUAAAGGGCAAGCGUACGUCUAAGAUACGUCCAGAAUUUGUAAUUUUUGAUCCACAAAUAGAUGACAGUACACUCCAGCGAUUUGCCAAUUUUUCUGCUACUGCUGUUUCUUCGUCAACUGAUAAUAAACAAUCUAAUAACAAUAAUAAUUACAGUGCCAUAAAUGCAGGGCAUACAGACUCAUCAGAGAGUGACUUUGAGGAAGGUUGCCGAUCACCAAGGCUGCACCGCAAGAGAAAAGCUCGAAGUAAAAAACGCGUUUCGAAUGAUAAGUCUCCAAAUCAAACAACAGAAUGUUCUGAUAACAACGAUGAACUAACAUAUUUAGAUACAUUACCUGAGCAUGUCAAAUUAGUCGAGGUAACGUCAAAUAUUUGGGGAACUAAAUUUAAAAUUCAUGGUUUAGCAAAAACGCUUCCUGCCAACUUGGGUCAAGUUACCUACAAAACAUCAUUGUUACAUUUGCAACCAAGACAAAUGACACUUGUGAUCACUGAGCUGCGAGACAAUUUUCCACUUGGUCCAGAUCCCAAUUUCAAUCCAAACAUCUUUUCUGAGGAUGAGGAAGAGCAACAACAACUACAACACGCCUCUCCAACGCAUAAGCCUCCACAUUCCAAGAGCUCUAGAUUUCACAUGAAUGAUCAUCAAUCUGCACCUCCUAUAGCGCCAAUGUCACCUCGUCCCAAUCGUUUUCCCUCACGACCUCGAAACAAUCAUCAGCAGUCCUCUUUAGCGAAUAACAAUAACACUUGUCAAAGACCACCGAUUUUGCCGUUGGGACCCCUAGCGAAAGCCGAGUCGUAUGAAGAUGAUGAAGAAGCCACAUCUUCUCAUACGGACUCACGCAAUUGCCAAGGAUCUAGUUAUUCUCGAAUUGUUUCACAAUACAGUCGUAGCUCGUCAGCUAGUAGUAACCAGUCACGAGUUGCUAUCUCACCUCUCUACUGUGAGGGAUCAGUACCGCAAUUGCAAUCGCCAAAGAAUGCAGUCGCUCCAAGUGAUAUUAUUUUUGAUCGUCCACCCGCUGGCGGGCAAACUACACUUAUGAGUUAUUCCAGUAACACAGAUUACACAAACAACGUUGUCCAAGUAAAAAACGCCCUAACAAAUCACGAUCAUUCAUCUAGAACAAAUGCCCAUGUGACUCCUGUUCCUCUGAACCUUAACUUGAAUUUGGAACGCGUUGAGAAGAUUAGACCGAGCACAACAAAUAAUUCUGGAGUAGUAAGGAAACAAAAAGACUUACAAUUUAUUGAUGAAGAAACACCGUCCAAAGUAUCGACACCAGCUACGGGAACACACUCGGCCAUGAAACGCACACCAACAGUAAUUUCAAUAUCACCUGCAGGAAUACCAGAUUCAAUAACACGAAGUUGCAGCGUUGGCUAUUUAGACGAUGUUGAAAUGGUUCCAAGUGAUGUAGCUCUAUCGAUGUUGAGAAAAGAGACUCCUUACAAACGGCUUGUGUUAGUUGACAAGAAACGUCAGCGCAAAAAACGUUUGAACGACAACAUGAACAAACGACAAAGACUUCGACCUGCCGUUAAAUCAAAAAGUUUGGAUUUUGGCGAUAUUAUUGAUACGCCAAACAUUCGUCAAGAUUUGUUGAAUUUGUUCCAACAAAUGCCCAAGGUUAGUGAAUCAUCGGAAAACGAUGACGCAUCGUCGUCAGACCACACAACAUCACCAGCGGCACAAUCGUCGCCCUCAUCAAUUCCACAAUCAUCAACUAGUAGUAAAUUCAACUUCAAAAAUAACCUCAGAGAACGAUUCAGUGGUUAUUCAAGAACUCCCAUUUUAAAUCGGAAAGAACGUCCAAAGUCGUGUUCCAUUUGCAAACAAAUUUCGCCCACAGUCCAUUCGAAAGAAACGGUUUGUGCGACAUGUCGAGCUUCAGUCUGUACCAAUUCACCCUGUGCAAGUCCAAAACACCUUCGAAAGUCAUUGCACGAACACCAAACACACAUUCUAGAUCUUCCUGGAACAAGUACGAGUACGUUGAACAGAACAAGCCUUAGUAGCUCUUUAGCCAAGUCAAGUAUUGAAAAGAAGGCGGCAUCUAAACGAAAUUUAGAAAUUGUAACGAGUUUCACAGACAGUCCAUUAUUUUCGAGAAAACAUCGCCAUAGUUCUCUAAUAGAGUCUCAAAACUCUAGUGGAAACAGCAGCGUAGUUAUGAGAUACCACGGAAGUGAAACCAGCACCCCAUUAUCUGCACGACGACACAGUAAAGGAACGAGAGAUGAAAACGAUUCGAAGCGUAGGCAUAAAGAUAUGAACAAUACGGAUACUAUUGAAACCGAAUUAUUACCAGUUGAGGUUACGCCAGUAGAGCCAAGGAGCUACGUAUCGUUACAUACUCAGGCCCUUACAACUUUGGAAAAUAUCAUAAGUCGUUUGCGUGACUUAGACGAGGGCAGAUUCAAUACUCCGCCAUCAUCUCCAGCACGUCAACCCCGAAGUUCGCCAGCAUCUCCAGCUUGUAGUAAGAAGGGCAAACAGAGACAUCAAAGCUCGUCGCCCAUUCGCCAAAUUUUGAACUCACCCUUGCUAAAUCGGAGACAACGCCACAAAAAUAAGCAGCAAAAUGAAAGUUCUGAUGAUGAAAAUUUAACGUUGACACAAAACAUGUGCGAAGAAAACAGUAAUACGAGUAUAGGAAACGGAAAAAGCUAUAGAGAUCUUGAAACUUUCCAAAAGGCACAACUAAGACAAAAGUUAAAACGUGGAAAAAUUGAGCCAAAUGGUAUUUCGAAUUCUUCUCAGGCUGCACCAUUCCGAAGAGAAUUUGUGAUGCACAACAAAGCACCGAUGUGGAAUGAAAAUAGUCAGGUAUAUCAACUUGACUUUGGUGGACGGGUAACGCAAGAGUCUGCUAAGAAUUUUCAGAUUGAGUUUCGAGGGAAACAAGUCAUGCAAUUUGGGCGCAUUGAUGGUAACGCUUACACCCUCGAUUUCCAAUAUCCGUUUUCAGCAUUACAAGCCUUUGCCGUCGCAUUAGCAAAUGUAACACAACGUCUCAAGUAAUAUUUAAAAUCAUGUGGAAAUUUAUGUUAUGCUAUUCAUAAUGGAACUAGGCAUGCGAAUAAAAUUACAUGUAAUUUGACAUGCUUUAAAAGAGAG